GCAAGCCCAUUGGCACCGUCAUUAUUACGCUGCUGAAUGCUGCUUCCGUCGUGGCUAGAUUAGCCAUUUGCUAAUUCAUUUGGAUUGCGUCUCGUUCAUUCAAGCUCCAGCCUGUAUCCCGUUUUUGUUUUCCUUCUACAGCACGAUCACCAUCGCUGAUGACAUGGACUCUUGUUUGCAUCAGUGUGAUGACCUGUGUCCUGUCGAAUAUGAUCCAGUUUCGGCUGUUGGCUCUCUCUCGUAAUUGGUUUCAAGAUGUCCCGAAAUCAUAAGGACAAGUACGAAAGCUCAAAUCCGCGUCGUACGCACACAAUAAUGUCAACAGAAGAUGCAAAUUCUGGUAAAAAAUCAUAUUGGCCAGAGCUAGAGAUAACUGGAAGUAUUAGAAAUUUGAGUCCAAAUAUGUGGCAAUUGACUCAUUUAACAGCUCUCUAUUUAAAUGAUAAUAGUUUACAAAGAAUACCACCAGAAAUUGGUCGUCUAUUACAUUUGAGAGCACUUGAUUUAAGUAGUAAUAAACUUCGUAGUUUACCAGCUGAACUUGGUGAUCUCAUCUACCUUCGGGAGUUGUUGUUAAAUCAAAAUUUCCUUCGUGUGUUACCGUAUCAAUUAGGAAAAUUGUUUCAAUUACAAGUGCUUGGACUACAUGGAAAUCCACUCAGCAAGGAAAUGAUGGCCAUUUAUGGUGAACCAUCAGGGACCAGCAAGCUGUUAUCGUAUAUGCUGGACAACUUACAAGUGACUGCAAAUCAGCCACCGCAGAGACCAUGGAUACCCCUGACGAAACCCAACAGGACCAGACCAACAUGUAUUUUUACUGUGAUGUGUUACAAUGUACUUUGUGACAAAUAUGCAACACGUCAAAUGUAUGGCUAUUGUCCAAGUUGGGCACUUGAAUGGGAAUAUCGUAAAAAAGGUAUUCUCGAUGAGAUACGUCAUUAUGCUGCUGAUUUGAUAAGUCUUCAAGAAGUUGAAACUGAUCAAUUUUAUAACUUUUUUUUGCCUGAACUUAAGCAUGAUGGUUAUGAUGGUAUAUUUUCACCAAAAUCACGUGCUAAAACAAUGGGUGAAAAUGAUAGAAAAUAUGUUGAUGGAUGUGCAAUCUUUUAUAGAACAGCAAAAUUUACACUGAUAAAAGAGCACUUGGUUGAAUUUAAUCAGCUUGCAAUGGCAAAUGCUGAAGGUUCUGAUCACAUGUUGAACAGAGUUAUGCCAAAAGAUAACAUCGGUUUAGCUGCUUUACUUCGUACAACUGAGGCAGCUUGGGAUAAUGGUCUACCAAAUGAUCCAACUCAAAUACAACAGCCAAUUCUUGUUUGUACUGCUCACAUUCAUUGGGAUCCAGAAUUUUGUGAUGUUAAAUUGAUACAAACAAUGAUGUUGAGUAAUGAACUACGUUCGAUUCUUGAUCAAGCUGGUCAAUCAUUUAGACCUGGCCAUAAACCAGAUUCUUCCAAUGUUCAACUUUUACUGUGUGGUGAUUUCAACUCUUUACCAGACUCUGGUGUAAUUGAAUUUUUAACAUCUGGACGUGUUGCAUCGGACCAUCGUGAUUUUAAAGAGUUGACAUAUAAAUCAUGUCUUCAAAAAAUAUCUGGAUGUGAAAAACCAAAUGAAUUUACACAUUCAUUUAAACUUGCAUCAGCAUACAGUGAAGAUACCAUGAUGUAUACAAAUUACACGUUUGAUUUUAAGGGUAUAAUUGAUUAUAUUUUCUAUUCAAAACAAAGCAUGGUACCACUUGGUCUUCUUGGUCCACUCAGCGCUGACUGGUUUAGAGAAAAUAAAGUUGUUGGAUGUCCACAUCCUCAUAUACCAUCUGACCACUUUCCUUUACUAGUCGAAUUGGAAAUGACACCAACGGGAGGAACCAGUAAUGGUUUAAUAUCACGCAGGUAGCAACAGUUAAUAAAUAGAACCAAGUAAACAAAAAAAAAAAACAACAAAAUAAAUUAAUAAUAAUGAAAAUGCAAAGCGACGAAAAGGUAAAAUAGAAAAUAACGAUUUACAAAUUGACCGUAUCCUAAUUAUUUGAUAAAUUAACUUUUAUUCUGAGUCAAAAAACUCAUCAAGUAUUUACA